AUCUAUUUUUGGGUGGUAUGAAAUGACGUAAAUUCUCAGGAAAGGAAAACCAUGGAUCAAAUUGAAAAUGGUUGAAAAUAUAUUUGAUUCCUUCCAGGUUGUAUUCUUCAUUACGACACUUACUCUUGUAUGGACCAAAGAACCUUGUCCACAUAUUCAGCUUUGGGACGCCCGUGCUAAGAUUCUUUGUAAAGAUCCAUCGUGGUAUCACUGUUUGGAAAGCCAAGUCGGAGAUAUUAAGGAAAAAUGUAUUGCUCCCAAAUUUAUUAAAGCAGGUCAUUAUCCAGUUUUGUUGAUAGGAGACACAAAAAUAAUAGAAAGACGAUGUCCUCCUUCACUCUACCAGCCAAAUGGACAAAUGUCAAACCAGUUCAAAUCAGCAAAAUGUAUGUAUAUAAAAGAUUUGUGUCGUGAUGAUGGAGAGGAGGCUUGUGAUGAUGGAAGUGACGUCAGUGACCGAAUGUGUCGAUGUGAUUACAAGAGUGGGUACAGAUCUUUUGAGUAUUUACUUUCAAACCCCAAAAUGAAGUCAUGUUACGAACCUAGGUCAAAGGAAAGAGGAUGUACUAUGUUUCCAUGUGGAAAGGGGAAAGAAUUAAACAAGGCCUAUCAGUGUAUAACAGUUUGUCCAUACGGGUACUAUAGAUCAGAGUAUGAUGACUUGAACUGUGUCCCAGAACUAUCCAUUCCAAAUUCAAGUACAACAACAGCAGCACGGAACACCAAGAUUCCUACAAUUACUAAACAGACAAAGGAACCCAAAAUGAAAGAUGAAGAGCCUGGAGACAACACAACUACUUAUGGGACUAUUGCAGUAACAUGUGGUGCAACCAUCAUAUUUACAAUUUUGAUUUGCUUGACAUACCGUUUAUGGAGAAAUAAAUAUGAUAUGUACUGCAGACCAGGACAUGCCAAUAAAUGUGAAGGAGGAGAGAAACUUCGUAAGCGCAACAAUGAUAGUUUUUUCUUCAGAGAAAUAAAAAAUAUGUAUAAAGUAGAUGAAAGCAUUGGUUGCAUAACAGUAGAAUUACCAACAGGUGAAAAAGGAACUGGAACUGGGUUUAGAGUUGGAGAAAAGUAUGUGAUGACCGCGUACCACGUUGUGCAGGAAAUAUAUGAAAACUUCUGGAGGGAAAUGUAUAGAAGACACAAGGUUGGAGAUAACAAAUUGAAGCCUGAAGAUGGACCAUGGAUUCUUACGGAUUUUAUAACUUCUCUGUCUCUAGACCUUGAUACACAAAUGAAUCUGAAACAUAUUGGAGAGGAGAUGAUAAAACACAACUGUAGUAUCACUUUCGGAUAUGUUGGAGAGGAAAGAGGAAACACUUUUUCAUUUGGCUAUGACGCACCUUUUAUCUCAACAAAACAUGACAUAGCGAUACUGGAACUCAACAAAGAUUCAAAUUUCCCAUUCCCAGCCAAACUUAACGUAGCCGAGGUCAAUAUACAGAUUGAACGCUUACAUGUUUUAGGACAUCCUGAAGGCAAUGAGUUGACAUUUGAUCCCUCGUGCAGCGUAAUUUGCAAUCAAAGCGACCUUGAUAGAACCAAAGAAAGAGCAAUUGAGCAUUUCACCUCCCUAGGUGAAGAAAAAUCAAAUGUUGAAAAAGAGUAUAAGGAGUGUGAAAUUUCAUCAGAUCAUAUCCUUUUUCAUUGUUCUGAGGGCACUGCUCAUGGUGCUUCAGGGUCGCCCUUAUUUCCACUUGCUAAGAAAAAUCGGAAGCUCGAGGUAAUAGGCAUGCUUUUAAAGGGAUAUCCAAAGUUGUACUACAACAAGUAUAGGAACAUCGAUAAAGCUAACAAACACCCAGAGUUAUUGAUAGAGUCAGGAAUAACUGUGGAAAUGUUGAAGUCUUUAUUAAAGCAACAUAAACUCUUUGAACUUGCUAAUGAUAUUUUUGAUCAAUUUGACGUAAAAAGUUGAUGUGUCAUACAAAUGUAUAACGGGUAAUUUCUGCUGCUCGAAACUUUUGCGAUGUGGUCCCUCAAAUCUUACACUUCUUUGAUGUCAUGUAAAUAAAUAUAUUUUGCUUUCUUGUUCGCGACAAAUAAAUGUUGCAUAUUGAAGAUUUUAUUAUUGUAAAUUCAUAUUCUUUUAAAUACCUAAGGUCUAGAACAAAAAAUGAAUA